UGUUGAAGCAAUAAAAAUAUGUGAGAAAUAACUGCAAUCGUAAACACGUCUUUAACUUACGGUACAUCGAGUUUAUUCUUACAUUGAUUUGAAAAACAUGUAAAAUAAUGUGAUUUUACUUUUAUAGACAUCUCAUAUUACAUGGACUUCAAAACGAUAUUUCUGUUGAGAUUUCUAUAGUAAAUGAAUUAAAAAAUGUGUGAUACAAAUGAAAAUAUCUGGAGAAAUUUAUGUCGAUUUUGUGGUGCACAAAGUUAUAAAAAUUUGGAAGAGCCACUUGAUAAAAACUUCCUAGAUGUCGUGGAUAAGCUUUUUUCUUUUUCGGUUGAAACAUUAAAUAUAUUUAAAAUUUGUAUCGUUUGCGAAACAUUCAUAGAUUCAAUUUGCAAGUUUUACAUUCAAGUUAAGAGCGUUUCCAAAAUAUUUUCAGAAAUAGAGAACUCAAUUAAAGAAGAAAUUCCUAUUAAUAUUGUGCAAUUGAAUUCAAAGUAUAGUUCCGGACAUGAUCAAAUCAAGAAUUUUGAUAAUCAACUAACUCGAAAAAUUGUAGGUAAUAUUAAAAAGAAUUCUGAAUCUAUUAAAAUAGAAAACAAUCCAAUCAAAGAGACUAGUAGUAAUUGUAAUGAUUCCAAUGAAAAAUCUAAUCACGAUAUUAUUGACAUUAUAAAACAAGAAAUAUAUGAAGAAAAAGAGGACACUGGCAGCUGCAUUGAAAAUAAAAUUAUUAAAACUGAGAUUGAAUAUGAUUUGUCAUCUGAUUCAGAGUCUGGAUUUCUAAAAGUAAAAAAUAUAAAAAAAUUACAAAAUGUAAAUGAGAAAACCCCAUCAAAACGAAAAUGUAAGUGUGAAACUUGUGGUAAAAGAUUUUCGAACAAUUCAAAUUUACUCGAACAUCGUAAAUUACAUUGGCCUGCUGAAAAAAAAGAAGCAAAUUUUUUUAAAUGUCCACAUUGUGAUGCUAGAUAUCCGAGAAAAGGAAAAAUGCUUAUUCAUGUACGAACUAAACAUUUAAAAGAAAGACCAUUUGUUUGUCAGAUUUGUAAUAAGGAAUUUUCAUCUAAUCAUCAUUUAGUUCGUCAUAAACGAAAUAUUCAUGAUAAGAAUGAAAGUACCUGUCCAAUUUGCCAGAAACAAUUUGCAUCUUCCAGAAUCGAAGAACAUAUAAAAAAUCAUGAGAAAAAUUGUGUGCCUUGUACCGUUUGUGGAGAUUUAUUUAAGCCCAAACAUCUUGGUCGUCAUAUGUUAGUACAUUCUGAUGUGAAAGACUAUAGAUGUAAUUACUGUGGAAGAAGCUUUAAACGGAAUAUUACUUUACAAUUCCACAUGAUUACUCACACAAAUCUUAAACCAUUUUCAUGUAGAUUUUGUAAUCAUAGUUUUGUUCAUCCGUCUAACCGUAAAAGGCAUGAAGAAGUUAUGCACCCAAAUGAAUUAAAGAGUAACAAUAAAGAUUUUCACGAAAAUGACAAAAAACUACCGAGCAUUGAAGAAUUACACAAAAUGUUAGAAAAUUUAAAAGGUGGGAGAGAAAACAAUUUUCAUUUAGAAGAAAAUAAAGAAUUAAAAAUGUAAUUACAUACGUUGUUUUGCAAUAUUUAAUUUAAGGACGUUAAUUUUU